AUGAGUGUUAGUAAUGCCCGUGAUCCAAACGCUCUGCAAGUGCCCCAGUACUGGCCCGGGGUUUUAUCGGUGAACCAGCCCCCGCAGGUGGCCCAAGCGGGGUACCGUGGCCACCCAGCGCUCCCAGGCCCUUACCAACAGGCUUUGCAUGAAGUCCCAGCCGCCGCUGAUCCCGCCCAGCGCUGCGAGGUGGCCGAGUCGUCGCGGGUGCAGUGUGCGGAGCCCGGCGUCGACGCCGCCGCGUGCGAGGCGCUGCGCUGCUGCUACGAGCGCAGGCGCUUCAUUCUGCCUUACCACGGGCCCAUGUGCUAUUACGCGCGGGCGGUCACUGUGCAGUGUACCAGGGACGGCCAGUUCGUGGUGGUCGUGGCCAGAGACUCCACGCUCCCUCGGGUCGACCCGGGCAGCCUUAGCGUGCCGGGGACGGCGCCCGCCGGGGGCUCGUGCGCGCCUGUUGACGGCAACGUGGACUUUAGCAUCUGGCAGUUUCCUGUCAGCUCCUGUGGUACCAGCAUGAAGAUGGAGGGUGACGAUGUUGUUUAUGAGAACAUGAUGGUAUCUCUGUAUGAGGUGGGAAUAGGCGCUCGAGGAGCAAUUACAAGAGACAGUUCUUUUGUGCUGAUGUUCCAGUGCAAGUACCUGGCCACUGCGGUGGCCAGCUUGGACGUGCGCUUGAACACGCUCCCCCCUCCUCUCUCAGUCUCCCGGUACGGCCCUCUGCGGGUAGAGCUCAGGCUUGCAAAUGGCGUCUGCGCUGCUAAACAAUGUUCUGAUGCGGACAUGUACAGCUCGUACUACACAGAAGCUGACUACCCUGUGACUAAGGUCUUGAGGGACCCGCUGUAUGUGGAGGUGCGCUUGCUAGAGAGGACCGAUCCAAACCUCACCCUUGUGUUGGACCAAUGUUGGGCCACAUCCUCCCCAGAUCCCUCAAGUAAACCUCAGUGGGACCUACUGGUUGAUGGGUGUCCGUUUACAGAUGACCACUAUCUGGUUACACUUGUUACAGUUGGUCCCUCUUCUGGCAUGCAAUACCCAACUCACUAUAAACGCUUCAUUGUGAAGAUGUUUACGUUUGUGGAGAACGCCCUCCUUCCUCUACAGGAACAAGUCUUCAUUCACUGUACCACAUCCUUAUGUGAGCUCUCUGCUGUGGAGUCCUGCACGACACACUGUGGACGGAGGAAGAGAACAGUUUCAAGCCCCCUGGAUCCAGAGAAGGUUAUAGUGUCCAGUAAUGAGGUCCUCAUCGUCAGUGACUUGCCUCUUCUAGCUAAGAGCCAAGCAGACAACAACUGGGAAGUGUCUCCAGUUUUCAGCUAUGGGCUGGCUGGUGUUGCUCUAGCUACGUUUGGCAUUUGUGGACUGCUGGUGACCAUCCUUAAACCGAGGUUACGACGCCACCCUUGCCUUCACACUACAAGACUCUAACCAAUAAACCUCUCAGACCUGCUUAAGUGCUGGGCUGAACCCAGUUGCAUCAGUGCACUAAAUGGACAAUGUCUGCACUAGAAUGGGCAGAGCAUCGGUUUCCCUCCAAACAAAUAAAGCUGGCUUGUCAC